AUGAGGAUUUCCGCCUUGUUCGUCUCGGCGCUGCAGCUCGUGGCGAGCGUCCAGGCUGCCAGCACCGCAGAGUGGAAGACGCGCAGUAUCUACUUCGUCUUGACGGACCGUAUUGCUCGCAGCAGCACUGACACGGGCGGCAAUGCAUGUGGUAACCUCGGAAACUACUGUGGCGGCACGUUCCGUGGAUUGCAGUCGAAACUCGACUACAUCCAGGGCAUGGGUUUCGAUGCCAUAUGGAUCACUCCCGUCGUUGCCAACACCCCUGGAGGCUAUCACGGCUACUGGGCCCAGGACCUGUACUCGAUCAACUCCAACCUCGGCACUGCCGAUGAUUUGAAGAGUCUCGUCAAUGCCGCACACGCAAAGAACAUGUUCGUUAUGGUCGACGUGGUCGCCAACCACAUGGGCCAGGGAUCUAUCAGCAACUUGCGCCCGGAGCCGCUGAACCAGGCCAGCUCAUACCAUUCAGACUGCCAGAUCAACUAUAACAACCAAAACAGCGUCGAGAACUGCCGCAUCGCUGGUCUCCCGGACAUCAACACCAGCAACCCCGCUCUCCGCACCCUGCUCCAGAACUGGAUCGGCUGGCUCGUUGAGGAGUUUGGCUUUGACGGUAUCCGCAUCGAUACGGUCAAGCAUGUUGAGAAGGACUUCUGGCCGCCCUUCACCUGGGCUUCAGGCGUCUACUCGCUCGGCGAAGUCUUCGACGGCAACCCAGACUACCUCGCCGGCUACAACAAUCUCAUGAGCGGCCUGCUGAACUACGGCGUCUACUAUCCGAUGAACCGAUUCUACCAGCAGAAGAGUGCAUCGCCUCAGGAGCUCGUUGAUAUGCAGAACCGACUCAGCAACAUCGUCAGCGACCCCACAGCCUGGGCUACCUUCCUCGACAACCACGACAACCCGCGCUGGCUCAACCAGAAGAACGACCAGACACUACUGCAGAAUGCCCUCGCCUAUGUCAUCCUGGCGCGUGGCGUGCCCAUCGUGUACUAUGGUACUGAGCAGGGCUACGGCGGCGGCAAUGACCCUGCGAACCGCGAGGACCUUUGGAGGAGUGGCUUCAACACGAACUCUAAUCUCUACCAGGCCAUUGCCAAGCUCAACCGUGCGAAGAAGAACGCUGGUGGUCUGGCCGGUAACGACCAGGUCAACCUGCAGGUCUGGACCAACGCAUACGCGUGGAGCCGCGCCGGAGGCGAUCUCGUUGUGCUGACGACGAACUAUGGAUCGAGCCGCAACAGCGAAUACUGCUUCAACACGCAGAGGCCGAACACGACAUGGAAUGAUGUUUUUGGAUCUGGUACCUACACCUCGAAUGGAUCAGGCCAAGUCUGCGUCCAGAUUAGGAACGGGCUGCCCGUGGUGUUGGCUAUCAGGCGCUGA